UAUUAUUAAGAGUAUCUUCUUUGGUGGUGGGGCAAUGAACCUGGCCACCUUUCUCCGGUGUGGAUACCUAAACUCCACGCAACAACCUAUUUGAAGAUGAGACAGGCUUCGAAUUAUUGUGGACGCCUCAUUUUUCAAACCCAGGGAUCUUCGAAUCCCACCGUCUUAUCAAAGUUGUAUAAUAAUUUCAUAAACUUGCGUCUGGCGAUUGAUUUGAUGCCCCUUUUUGAAGCAUUUUUAGCAGAUGAGAACGAAGAUUAAGAGGAAGAAUCUCAGUGUUGAUUAUAAUGGAUGUAGUUUAUAGGUAGUCCAGCAACAGUCAGCUAAAAAAUUCCAUCGAGGAUGACAGGACACUUGCCUAAUUUACCUUCCAUGCGUGAUCCUGAUAUCAUGGAGCUGGUAUGGGAAAAUGGUGAAGUUCUCAUUCGAGGUUCAUGGUCGAAGAUAACUAAGACGACUUCCCCGUUCUCGUCACAUUAUUUGUCUCGAUCGAAGUCUCGAAUUCAACUAAUCGAAGGGAAAACUUGUACCGCCAGUGGAUCAAAGGAUGGGGUUGCAGAUUCUACGUUAGCCGAACCCAUAUCGGGUCUCUCCAGUGCUGUUCUGGGAUCGGAUAAAAGAUGUUACCAUAAACAAAGCGACUUGCCUAAACUCAUAGCAGACCACCAGGUACACGGUUCUUCCUUGAAGCAGCAGCAUGAAACUUGGCAUAUGGGAUCGAAGGAGGAGAAAGAUAAGGUGAACUUUUCCAUGUUCUUAAGCUCCGGUACAACAAGAGCAAUAAGCAGUCAAGGACUAGCUGCAGGAGCUGAGGAUUUACGAGGCAAUAAUGUCAAAUCUUUGCCUCCAAGUGGUGAUCCCUUGGAAAACGAAGGGAAUUUAAUGGCUAAGAAAAUGAAGUCACCUCAAAAAGUGUCGCAUCCUGAUGAACAAUCCGAAGCCGUUCCGAAUACGAGGUUACCUAAUGAGGUUCAUGAAUCCUCAACCUUAGCACCGGAUAAUACAGGUUUUAAGGGAAAUCCUGAGCAAAUGGUUGCAUCGUCUUCAUUGUGUUCGCGUGGUGCUUCAAACUGUCCAACAUACCCUUUGAAAAGGAGAUAUGAAGACACUGAUCUCAGUAGUAAUACAGAUAUGGAAGAAGAACCAGAGGUAACGAGGGGAAGCAAAGGUGCUAAGGGAAAGAGAAAAACAGAAGUCCACAACCUAUCUGAAAGGGAGCGAAGAGAUAAAAUCAACAAGAAGAUGCGUGAACUGAAAGACCUCAUACCAAACUGUACUAUGGUGGAUAAAGCUUCGAUGCUUGAUGAGGCAAUCGAGUAUCUAAAGACCCUUCAGCUUCAAGUUCAGGUGAUGUCAAUGGGAAAUGGGAUUUACAUGCCACCGAUGAUGUUUCCGUCGCCUUGGACAAUGCAACAUAUAAAUGCUCAACAUUUGGGUGGCUACUCUCCCAUGGCUGUUGGGAUGGGUAUGAGACUGCAAAUGGGAGUCGGCUGCGGCGCUACACCGCAGUUUUCGACUUCACUAAUGCCAGGAACAGCACCUAUAACUGGGAUCCCAGAAGCUACACUCAACAUGCUUGGGUUAAGACGUUCAUCUUUUGUAUCUUCGGCUGGUAGUUUCAUCCCACAAUCGGUCCAAUCUCAAUCUGCGGCGACUAGGGUGACACAAGUGGAUCAUAUUCCAGGUGGUUCUAAUCCAACACAUUAACUCAAUAAUGCUGAACGGUUCCUUAUGACGUUUAAAAAGACUCCAGGUUUCCUGUAAUCAGCUGUUACAGUCAUUGAAUGAGGCAUUCAUGGAAGGUCCCUUUUCUCAAUCAAGGCAUUGAAAAUGUAUUUUCCUAAAGAAAAGCGCUGUUUUCUAUUUUGUACAUUACCAAAGGAAUGUACAAGCCUCAUUUUCCA